CGGGUGAGCGCCGCCGCCGCGAGUUGGCCGUUGCUGGGCAUGCUCCCUGAGUGCCCCGCACCAAUGUGGCGGGCGUCCUCGCUGGGGUGACUUUAAUUCUCGGUUUUCGGCUCUAGCCGGCCGGUGCUCAUUUCUCUUCGGAAAGCUCUGAGCGCGUGGUGGGGCCGGGGAAAGGCAGGGUGGGUGCGGGGGUGAAAGGUGAGAGGGGACUGCAGGCAUCCAGGCCGGCUCCUGGCGGCAGGAAGAUGGCUGAGGGCGAGCGGCGGUCGCCGCCAGAUUCUUCGGAGGAUAUCCCUGCAGCCACUCAGAACUUCAUCAUUCCCAAAAAAGAGAUCCACACUGUUCCAGACAUGGGCAAAUGGAAGCGUUCUCAGGCUUACGCUGACUACAUCGGAUUCAUCCUCACCCUUAACGAAGGUGUGAAGGGGAAGAAGCUGAGCUUCGAGUACAGGGUCUCUGAGGCCAUUGAGAAGCUGGUCGCUCUUCUCAACACGCUGGACAGGUGGAUCGAUGAGACUCCUCCGGUGGACCAGCCCUCUCGAUUUGGGAACAAGGCCUACAGGACCUGGUACGCCAAACUUGACGAGGAAGCAGAAAACUUGGUGGCCACAGUGGUCCCCACCCAUCUGGCAGCUGCUGUGCCCGAGGUGGCUGUUUACCUAAAGGAGUCGGUCGGGAACUCCACGCGCAUCGACUACGGCACAGGACAUGAAGCUGCCUUUGCUGCUUUCCUCUGCUGUCUCUGCAAGAUAGGGGUGCUGCGAGUGGACGACCAAAUAGCCAUUGUCUUCAAGGUGUUCAAUCGGUACCUUGAGGUUAUGCGGAAGCUCCAGAAGACGUACAGGAUGGAGCCGGCCGGCAGCCAGGGCGUGUGGGGCCUGGAUGACUUCCAGUUUCUGCCCUUCAUCUGGGGCAGCUCGCAGCUGAUAGACCACCCGUAUCUGGAGCCCAGGCACUUUGUCGAUGAGAAGGCCGUGAACGAGAACCACAGGGACUACAUGUUCCUGGAGUGUGUCCUGUUUAUCACCGAGAUGAAGACCGGCCCCUUUGCAGAGCACUCCAACCAGCUGUGGAACAUCAGCGCCGUCCCCUCCUGGUCCAAAGUGAACCAGGGUCUCAUCCGCAUGUAUAAGGCCGAGUGCCUGGAGAAGUUCCCGGUGAUCCAGCACUUCAAGUUCGGGAGCCUGCUGCCCAUCCAUCCCAUCCAUCCGGCCGCGCCGCGCUAGUGCCGCGUCCCCCCACCCCCGCUGUGUCCCCCUCCCCACCCCCUCCCUCUGUUCUUUCUGUUUGAUGAGAGGCUGUUUACUGGGGUGGCUGGUGAGCGUGGGCUUGAGGGAGGUUCAGGGCAUAAGGCUGAAGGACCCAAGUUGGGAGAAGUGACCAAAGUGUGGCCAGUUUCCCGACUUCCCCUGGGGCGGAGGGGCGGUACUGCGCUGUCACCGUUGCUUUCCCUUCCCAGGUU